CAGCAACAGAAUUAAUACCAUACUACGUCUAGGCAUCGUUCAACGGCUAUUACUAAUGAUUUGAAAUAUCCUCGAUUAUGAUUUCUAAGGCUAGAUAUAAAGCUGGAUGCUAAAACGGUGCCUUUCCUUUGGAUGCUCUCAUGUAUUCUUUGUUUACUCAAUUCAGUGGGGCAGAAUCUUUCUAUUUUCUUACAUCCGUCAACUACCAAAAAGUCCUACGAAAGUCGUCAGAAGAAUAUACAAAACGAACUAGCUAGUCAACGAAAAGCAAAAUUCAAAUAUAGGAAAGUAAAACAAGUAAGGAAUCUGAAAUGGCGCCACAACUUAUAUUCGGAACGGCGACAUUCGGUAUGGAUAAGACCGAGUUCCAGGACCCCGAAUCAGUCAAUGCUGUUCUCGAAGCGCUUCAAGAAAUGGGAAUUCAGCGUUUGGAUUCAGGCGCCCGGUACCCACCUAAAAGUCCAGGAAGGUCGGAGCAGCUCAUCGGCGAAACCAAGACGCUCAGUGGACAUUUCACGGUCGACACCAAGGUCUACACCGAUGCACAGACUGACGGCAGCGGAGACCUCACACGCGAAGCUGUCGAGGCUUCUAUAAAUGCGAGCCUGAAGCGACUCCAAAGACCCGAGGGAGUCAAUGUGCUCUAUGCGCAUCGUGCAGACCCUUCUACUCCGCUGGAGGAACAGAUUGAGGCCUUCAAUCAACAAAUAGCCCAAGGCCGAUGCAAAGCCUGGGGAGUGUCAAACGUUCCGGUCGACGUGCUGGAAGAAAUUCUUCGUAUUUGCAACGAAAAGGGUUGGCAGAAACCAAGCUGCUAUCAGGGAGAUUAUAACCUCGCUACUCGUGGAAUGGAAACGAAGCUUCUGCCGCUUCUGCGUGCUCAUGGGAUGUCAUUUAAUGCCUUUCGAGCUCUCGCUGCCGGCUUCCUGACUGGCAAGACAGUGUCGAAUCAGGUCGCAGGCACUCGUUUUGCGGAUGACAAUCCACUCGGCAAGGCACUUCAGAAAAUGUUUGGCUCUGAUACUUUGAUUGCUGCGCUGAAAAAGUUCAAUACCGAAGCGACAUCCCACAACCUAACGCCGGUUGAGGUUGCCAUUCGAUGGAUCGUCUAUCACUCAGCUCUGAGUGAUCAGGAUGGAGUAUUGCUCGGCGCCAGCAGGCUUGAACAAAUCCAUGGGACUGUUGCUAUGAUACGGAAGGGGCCAUUGCCAGAAAAUAUGCUCAAAGGGACAGAAGAGUUCUGGCUUGCAGUCAAGGAUAGUCGAGGGGAUAUCAUCUGAUAUGGUUCAUCCGUAUAAAUGCAGUGUCUAUAACUUUUAGUUGCACAUAUGUCAGCUUUUUCUAUAUGUUCACCAAACUCUCUCACUCACUUAUAUAAAGGAAUACAAUAAACAAGGGUCUACGCUUUGCUGAACAGAUGC